CUUAUAAUUUUCACCCUUAGGGGAAGAAAGGAAGCAACUUCUCAAAGGCCUUCGUUGGAGUUUAGAGAGAGAGAGAGAGAGAGAUGGAGGUAGUGCAAGUCCUUCACAUGAACAAAGGAGACGGCGAAACUAGCUAUGCAAAAAAUUCAACAGUCCAGAGCAAGAUAAUCUCUGUUGGAAAACCAGUGAUGGAGGAAGCAAUCCUGAAACUGUUAUGCAGCAGUGUACCUGAAAGCAUCGGCAUCGCAGACCUGGGCUGCUCCUCAGGACCCAAUGCCUUGCGAGUGAUAUCUGAGAUUCUUGAUAUCAUCUACGCCAAAUGCAAAGAUCUGGGUUGCCCACCACCAGAGUGUAGGGUUUCAUUGAAUGAUCUUCCUUGCAAUGAUUUCAACUGUAUUUUUGGGUUGCUGCCAACGCUGUACAACAAGAUAAAGGAAGAGAAAGGUGCAGGAUUUGGGCCAUGCUUCAUAUCUGCCAUGCCAGGUUCCUUCUAUGGAAGAUUGUUUCCAAGCAGAAGUCUCCAUUUUGUGCACUCUUCUUCCAGCCUUCACUGGCUCUCACAGGUCCCACCUAGUCUGAGUUGGAACCCUAGCACACCCAUGAACAAAGGAAAGAUCUACAUAUCAAAGACCAGCCCAAGCAGCGUCCUUGAAGCUUAUUCCCAGCAAUUCAAGGAGAACUUCUCACUAUUUUUAAAAUCACGUUCAGAGGAACUAGUUCCUGGCGGCCGUAUGGUAUUGUCAUUCAUGGGCAGGAGAUCCGUUGAUCCCACCACUGAUGAGAGUUGCUACCAGUGGGAGCUGCUUGCAAAAGCACUCAUGAGCAUGGUUUCAGAGGGACUUGUUGAGGAAGAAAAGGUUGAUUCUUUCAAUGCUCCAUAUUAUGCACCCUGUGCGGAAGAAAUAAAGAUGGAAGUGGAAAGAGAAGGAUCAUUCAGUAUUGAUAUGAUUGAAGGGUUCGAAAUCGAGUGGGAUGGAGGGUCGGAUGACAAGCAAUCUCGUGGGAGGAGGGUGGCGAAGACGAUUCGAGCUGUGGUGGAAUCGAUGCUGGAAUCACAGUUUGGCAGAGAUAUAAUGGAUGAAUUAUUUCAUCGCUAUGCAGAACUAGUGGAUGAUUACUUGUCUAAGAACACAACCAAGUAUACCAAUCUGGUCAUUUCCAUGUUUAGAAAGGAUUGCUGAUUAUUUGGGGUUUAACUUUUACAUUGUAUUAAGGCUUUCAAUGCUCAUCAUUUUAGUUAAUUUUUCCAAUAAUUCAUAUGUUUAUAUUUUGAA